AUGCGAGCAAUGGCUGUUUUUGAUAUUCUUAUGUUAUGUGGAUGGAUUAUUGAUCAUUAUGUAUCUUCCAUACAUGGAUUUAGUUUCUCAGAACGUACAAUACCUCUUUGUAAAUUUUUCUCAUUUCUUAACUAUUUUGCUGCUCAAUCAUCAGCUUGGCUUCGUGUCUUUAUAUCUUUGGAUCGAUAUUUAUCAUUAAGUAGUCUUCAUCGAACAUGGUUUGGUAAAUCGAAGAUUAUUCUCAUUAUAAUUGCAUGCAUUAUGAUCAUUCUUCUUUUGUUCAAUUUUCAUAUUUUUAUUGUUGUUUGCUAUUAUGGACCCAAUGGUACAAUUAGUGUUUAA